AUGAGUAACGACGCGCCGUCCCCGGAUGAGAAGCAGAGUCUGAGUUUGAUGGAGAGCAGCAGUAUGGACGUGACGCAGACUCGAUCCGGAUCCCACACCGAUCACCCGAGCUUCCUCGUCGACCCGCUGCUAUGCGAGCCGGAAAAAGUGGUCGAGGCUUACGGAUUUUGGGGAAGAUAUCAAUGGUGGACGGCGAUCCAGUGCUGUUCGGUGAUGUUCAUCUACGCCGCUAACAUGCACAUCGUGCCGUUCAUCAACGAUCCGUCGCGGGUUGAUUGUCUCUGGCAGAACGAGACGAACUCGGUGCUCUACAACGAUAUGCCGGGAUGUGUUUACAGAAAGAACAGGCAGACACCGAAAGUAGAAUUUGUCUGCGGCGAAACGACCGGGACAACGAUCCUCGAAUACAAAGACCACCAACCGAUCACCUCAAAGAUGCACGAAUUUGGCCUACAUUGCGCGAGCAAUUUCGCCAGAGAGGGCGGACAAACGGCCUUCUCAAUGGGCGCGAUGCUUGUCGUCCCGUUGUUUUCCUACUUCGCCGACCAUUCCGGCCGCAAGUACACCUUCUUAAUUGCCGUCUUUGGAAGCAUCGUCGCCAACUUUUGCUGCGUGAUUGCGCCCACCUACUGGUACUUUAUCACGCUGCGCUUCAUCGUCGGCGCGUUGAGUGAUUCCUACUACACGAUUGGCGCAAACUUUGUCUGCGAGCUGUUCACCGAAGAGCAGCGCUCUUUCGCCGGACUGCUUGGGACAGUGUUUUGGUCACUCGGAAUACUCUUUCUCGGCGUACUGACCCAAUUUGAAACCAACUGGCGACUGCUGUACUUGUGGAUGACGCUGCCCUCGCUGAUAUGCUUUGGGAUGAUCUUUACGCUUCCCGAGUCGCCACACUGGGCCAUCCAGCAUCACAACCGCGAGCGCAUCCGCAACUACAUCAGCAGUGCGAACAAGUGCAACCGGAAGAGGCUCGAUAUGGUCUCCUGUCUUCGCGAAAACCCAAACGAAAAGCACGAAAAGGUAAACAUCGUGAAGGCGCUGCUGAAGAUGGUGAAGAGUCUACAGAUGUGGAAGAUUAUGAUUAUUGCCAGUUUAAUGAGCUUCAUGAUGAACUUCACCUACUUUGCGAUUUCGUUGGAGGCAGUCGACCUUAGCGAAGAUCGUUUUACGGCCUAUAUGUGGAAUGGUGUAGCUGAUUUGCCAGGCUCGGCUCUGGCCAUCCCGUUGCUCCACUUCUUCGGCCGAAAAUGGGUGGCCAUCGUGAGCGGGCUACUGUGUGGCGUAUUCCUCGUCAUCGCCCCGUUCUUUGAAUGGUACGAAAACGGCUGGCUAAAAGUGGCGCUGAUCCUGACGUCCAAAUUCUGCAACAACAUCACCCAGACGCUGAUCCCAGUUUGGUUCCCGGAGAUGCUGCCAACGAGCAUACGUGUAAUCGGUUUCUCCAUCAUCAAUUUCCCGCAAUGCAUCGGCCAGGUCUUGGCACCAUUUUUCCGGCAUCUGAAAUACGAUUGGGCGCCAACAAAAUACGUGGCUGUCGGCUCGGGAUGUAUCGCUUGCUCGCUGCUGACGAUGCUUCUGAACGACACGAAGGGACAAUACAUGCCCGGCGAUGUGCGUGACGUGGCCCCGACCCAAAAUAGCAUCACCAGCCGGUCGGCCUCGAACGACAGAAGCCGAUCCAACAGCGUCUCUGACAAC